UCAUUAAAGUGUUGUCAAAAUGAGCCCUGUCGUGUGGGCUGUUCCCUAGGUUUGUGGUUUUAGAUUUUCAAAGGGGCGGACCUAAUGGCUUUGGGAUCAAGUUCCUGAAACUAGUCUUCUGGACCUUGAAAAAUGCCGUCGUACCAGGAGGCGCCAAUCAACUUAAAUGUCAUCCACGCACAGUAGAGAAAAUGACGAAAGUUCCUCAGGGAUUUGAUUUCAGUUUCUUAAAUGAGGAAGAAGCCAGGAAGAUCCUUCAGGUGCUGGAAAGAAAUGAGGAGCUGCAGAGGGCAGAGAAGGACAGGAUCAGCAAACUUCAGAAGACAAAGAGGGAUAUCAGAUGGCUUCAAGGGGUGACUGGUGAAUGGUUUGAAGAGAUUCAAAGAAAGAAGUUUUGCAAUGAAACAGAUGUUAGCCAAAUGUUGAAGCAACCUCUUAAAUACAGGCUAAGGAAGGAAACGGCAAAAAAUGAUCCUAUGGAAUUGCAAACAUCAAGAUCUAAAAACCAAGCUAAUCAAAAAAACCCAACAUCUGUUCCUUCUCGACCAAGCUUCAGAGCAUCCUUUGCCUCCCUGUUCUCAUUCAGAAAGUCCGGGAAGGAGACUUCAAAGCUUCAGUCGCUGGGACAGAAAGGGUGCGAUGACCAUGUAGAACCUUCUGUCACUGGGAAGGGAACCACUGCGGCAAAAAUAGUCAAUUCACCCCUGGAAAAUCAACCUGUUGACCGUGCUUUUGUCCCCAACCCAGCAGUCAUGAGGGAGGGCGGUACCAUUCCUCCUCCAUGGGAUAUUUCAGUCCUGGAGAACGAGUUCUUCCAAGUUUUAGAUGACUUGGAUAGCAAACUGGCUCAGGAACAAUCUGCAAGCUCACUAAAUACCAGAAUACCCCUCAACUGUGGACCAAGAACACAAUUCAACCGUUUUCACUCCAAUGAGAACACACAUGGUAAUAUCUCAGGAAAGCACAAAAAUCGCUAUAAUGAGACUUCCAAUAUGUCUAUCUAUGACAUCCUAAGACCAGGAACUCCUAGGGAAGGUUUUAAAACCUUUUCUCCUAGGACAAGGACAAUUUAUGAUAUGUACAGGACAAGGGAGCCCAGAGUCUUAAAAGAGGAUUAUGUGCAAAAGAAUACUUUUGGCAGUACUUCCCUGUGUUUCGACAGCAGGCAACGAUCAGCCUCAUUAGCCACAAGGCAUUUCACAGCAAGAAGCUUACAUUCUCCAGCCACAACUGAGAAAAAAGGGGGGUUUCUACCACCAUGCCCCCAGCAGAGCCCAAAGCGAACUCCUCUAUCAUCUAUCAUAUGGAAUAGAUCAGAUUCUUCCAGAGAUGGGCAGAACCAAGGAGAGUUCCUGGGGACACCGUCACCAAUGGAAAUUGACCCUGCUGAUGAGUAUAUAUAUCCCAGAUGUUCUCAGGAGAAUACAAGUUAUGAACUAUACCAUUCACAGAAUGUUUGCCAAAGUGUUGGUUUAAAUGCCCCUAUGGAUAAUGCAAUGAGUCCUGACACAUUUGAGAACUCAGAGAAUAUGCCAUUCUACCAUGAAGACAGCCCGUUUGCUCGGUCUUUCUUUAGCAAUUCUUUUGGACAAAGAAGAGAACAGAGAUUUGGACAAGGUCCUUUUUGGGACCAACAGGCAGAACAUUCUUCAUGGUCUGACUUUCAUCAAAGCAGGAAACUAUUCAGUUCAUCUGACAGAGACUUUGAAAUGAUUUUCAUGGAAGCAAAUGCUGCAUCAGCUGUUCACGGCCACAGUGCCCCUUCUCCACCCUGGGGAUCACUUUCUCCUGGUUCUGGGACAAAUGUCUCUAGAAGCCAAGAAGGACCCCAUUCCUGGCAGUCUGAUUUUCAAAUGGCCUCACUGGAGAGCACGGAGAUAUCACAAGGUAAUGGAAACCAGUCUACUCCUCAUUUUGGUGCACUAGAUGUUUGUAGCAAGACUGACUCAAGCCAUUACAUCAAAUCUGGUGGGUUGGACUAUAAGCAGAAUGUCAACAAAGAACCUUACUCAUCUGGAACUACUCAGAUUCAAGCAUCCCCCUUCAAAACUUUCUUCCCCCAGAUUUCUGAUGAUAAAGGGAAUUCUCAGAGUCCCUACUUUCAGAAUCCCACAGUCACUGUGCAGAAGAUUAUUCCCGGUAAGCCUGUCUCUCUUCCAAUAAGAAGCCUUGUAGAAGUCAGUAUAACCAAUCAUGAUUCAGCUCGUUCUCUGCUAGAAAGCCCGGCCAAUGCUUUGGUGAAUAAUGAGGAAAACAUGGAUGACUCUAUUUCAGAAGAUAAACAACUGAACAAGAUGGACCAGACAAACAUGAUGGGUGAAGUAUCCCAACCUGUUUCACAGACUGUGAGCUCUGGCACUUUACCUGAGUUUCUAAAUCCUGUCUCCCAGGACUCCACCAAGAGUGACAGGUUUUAUUUCAAUACACCUACCACAGUAAGUUCAAAAGGGGUACCCAGAAUCUUUUCCAAGAAAAAUACCUCCAAAAAUUAUAUAUCAAAUACAGAUAAAGCAAAUGAACUUCAUAAAGAUAAGAGUUGUACUGGGAACAGAAAUCUUGGCUCAGCAACUUCCCCACCUUUCAUCCGGGAGAGCAGAGUUCCACCAUCUUUCCCUAACCCAAAUCAAGUAAGUCAUGAAGAUAUUUCAAACGUUAUUAAAAAUAACCACUGGAGCUCUGGACCUAUGGACAAUCAAAACACACAGUCGCCAGUGGAGCCUGUUGUCUUAGAUACUGAGGGAGAACGAGGUACUACCACUGAUUCUACCGAUGGUAGCAGGUUGGCUGCUGAGCACAGAGUGCCCUGUGAUUCUGUAGGUCUGGCAACAGGUGCGUCACCAGAUUCCUCCCCACCAAGUCAUUCUUUCCCCGAUGCUCUGGCGAGUCCUUCUGCUACAGUGUCCUCCAAGAGAAGUCCUUCAGACAGAGAUCUGUCUCUGGGAGAAACCGAAGAAAAAGACAGUGCCAGCAAGAACCAAACUAAUCAGCUUUCUGUAAGUUCCUCAGAAAACCGAAGACGUAGUGAUGGUCAUGGGCCUGCCCAUGACGAAGUGGCUGAUGUUGUCAAACAUCAUUCAAACUCUCCUUUCAGGAAUGGAAAGGGAAAAGGAAAAGUAAGACACCGCAUAUCCUGUAUUGAAAAGCUAAGCAAAGCGGAAAGCAGAUCCGCACCCUCGAAUGACAACGGUAGCUUCACUGAGGAGAAGCAAGGGAAUUCCAGAGCUUCUGAGCUUGGCACAAUUUAUUGUACUUUGCCAAGAAAAUCAGCCAGUACGCUAAUAAAUAGUAGGCAGUCGGAAAGUAAGACGCUGGCUACUUCAAUUAGGAGUGGACCGCUUCCAUUUCAAGUCAGAAAUAACGUGGCUGACCCAAUAGGGAAGCAUACCUCCAGCCCACUCAGUCCCGGGGCUCCUGAGUCAGGAGGUGACUGUUCCAAAGUGCUCUCUGACUCAGCCGCAGCGGCGCCUGGAGCCACGGAGAGGAAGACAAAUAUGAAAACCCUUCGAUCUGCUUCCGUGCGGAAAGGGCCGCUUCCGUUCCUCAUCAGGAGGGCUGUUUCCUGUCCCUCCGCAGAGCCAUAUGCCUCACCUGGCAGAGGCGAAGGGGGAAAAUCGCCCGUCUCAGACAGAAGUGCCCCUGCUGCAACCCCAGGACCCUGGGGGAGAAUCGUGCACCCUCUCGACAGAGGCUUAUCCGCUAGAGAUUCCUUCUUAACCCAAAGACACCCCGCAAAGGAAUACACGCACGGAUGCGCAGACGCGGCUCACAGGAUUCCCGCCUCCAGGACAAGUGCGUUUUCCCUUUCAAAGGAAGACCCUUUACCUUUCUGUUCAGAUGUGUCAGGAAAUGAAAGUGGGAAAACGUUACAUAAAUUGAAGACCACUAGUAUGUUCUCUGUUUCUGGAGACGAAGAUAACGUAAAGUGUCUCGAGGUGGUCUCGGUCUAUUAUACUCUACCAAGGAAACCCAGCAAAAAAUUCUGUAAUCUCCUUCAACAGUUCACACAAAAUGCUGAUUCGCUCAUAGACUCACCUCAAGUGGGGACUGAAACGUCUCCUAAUGCUUUAGAAAAAGACAAACGAGAUUAUUCUACACGAGAGCAGUCAGGAACACCUUCGUGUGGAGACCCAAACAUGCCGGUCAGCUCUGCUCAGAACAUCCACUGUCUUUCUCAUCCCACUGAAAAUGUGUCUGUCUCACAAUUGCCAGAUAGGAGGCCUGCAGAGCCUACCUUGCAGGAAAUGGCUUCCACCGAGGCAAAUGUUCUCAGAGAAUGUACAACCAGAGAGAUUCUCCCAGAUAAAUUAGCUAAAACUCCUCUAGGUGAUUUCCAAAGUAGGAUAGAGAGAGGAGGAACAUUGCAAAACGAAACCCUGCAUACGUCAGUAAUGCUCCAGGGAAAAACAGUUACAGAAGAAAAAUCUGAAAAUUGUCAACAGUCCAUUAAUACAGGUGACAGGGAUCACUCAGCCUGUUCACCAUAUAACAUUGAAAAUUCCCAAGCCAGAAGAAGCUCUGGAGAAUGUGCAGGUAGUGGUGUAGCCAUUAUAGCUACAGGGAGUGGGAACUGUCCUGAGAGAGAGCACACAGCCACAGCCGUAGAUGAUAGCCCCACUGGAUCAGAGCCUAGGGAAGUCAGAGAAAGCAGAACGGGUUACCAAAACAUGACUGAUAGAGCCCUCUGUGUGUCACAAGGCCAAGCCUUCGCCCUUACACCAGCACUGCAUAAACUACAGCUUGUUGGGGACACUCACCCAGAUGAAAUGGAUUUAAAGAGUCUGCAGUCUAAACCGAGAGAGUUACCCCCCGGGGGGCGGGAGGGUAACGUAACAGAUGGCAGGAAGGCUGAAGAUGCAUUGCACAAAAGGGAUCAACCUUCACUUCAUGGAGGAAAUAAAAGAAACAAAACCGACAUGGAUGACCUUGAGAAAGGGGGACAGAGAUCUUCGGUUAAACACAGAUUGGCAGAAGUGUCUAAAGCAAACAGAAAUUCCCCAGCUCAAGAGUUAAGUCAUAGAAGACUUGUAGCUACCAUCUUCCCCCAGAGUGGGAGCAGGCCAGGCUUUGGCUGUUUAUCCCGUAGCACCCCAGAACAUAAUCGGCUGUUCCCUGACUCUUCUCCAAAGUCCACGGAGUCCACAGGUGAAAGCAGGCUGAGUAAGGCUGGGCUGAAUGAGGAGAAAUCUGAGAACCCUGUCCAGGUUGUAAAAGUCUACAGCGAACCUUCUACACACCCCAGUGAUCAGAGGUCUACCAGCAUUUCACAAGUACUUCAGAAUGAGUUUAAAAGUACCUCAGCGUCUCCACCAAAGCAUGAGGAUUCUAAAGCAGCAGCAGCAGCAGCAGCUCGGAUUUUGGAAGUAGAGCCAGGGGUCCCAGCGCAGCUCCCGUUCACCAGCCUCAGGGUCACAGACUGCUCCAACCAGCAGAGGAGACUGAGCUCUCCUUUCCCACUGGAGCCUGCCUGGAAAUCAACUGUAAGCAUCCCUCUGGCCAGCUGUCAGCAACGACAAAGGAAUCCUUCAUCACCGGAAAUGGGGACUGAGCCGCACCUCUAUCGCUCAAAGAGUUUGAAAAGCAUCAAUGUGCAUGGUGAUAAGCUACGUAAAAGUCAGCCUCUGAAAGUCAGGGAGCGUCAUUUUUCUGAAAGCACCUCUGUUGAUGAUGCCCUGAGUCGACUGACCCUUGGGAAUGAGUUCUCUGUUGACAAUGGGUACAGUCGGAGAUUCAAAUCAUUUUCUGAACUUCCCUCCCGUGAUGAAAAUGAAAAUUGGGCUUUGUAUGGUGACAGGACAAAAACAUGCCCCAGGUCCACAACCUCUAUAUCCAGACCUAUUGACUAUGGGAUUUUUGGGAAAGAGCAACAGUUGGCUUUCUUGGAGAAUGUAAAGAGGUCACUCACACAAGGAAGAUUAUGGAAACCAAGUUUUCUUAAGAACCCCGGCUUCCUGAAAGACGAUGUAGUCAACUCUCCCACACCACCAGAUUCUUUAAGCUCGAAUUCCCCUAGGAGUCAGGUGCCCGAAGGUGACUUGUCCCCAAGUAAGCCACUUAAUAUCUAUGAGGAGGACCCAGUAGACUCAGACUGUGACACCGACACGACCACAGAUGACGAAUACUACCUAGAUGAAAACGACAAAGAAUCAGAACUGUGAGAUUUUUCUCAGUAGACUGCAUAAGCUUUUCACCAAAAGUCUAUCAUGGAGCUAGUAUAAACAUGUAUGCCCAUGAGAAGACAGAGAUAAAAGAUACCUAGUCUGGGCAAUGUCUGCACUGAAACAACCCAAAUUCCCUUCUCUGCCUUCCACAUCCUGUAUAUACACUUCCUCACUUACAGAACAAUGAACUCCUGAUUUGAAUGAGUCUCAUUUCUCUUCUCCCUUUGUAUAUGUUCUUGGCCUACCUUCCUGCACUUGUUUUAAUCUCUAAUGCACUGCAUGGUUUUGGCUUUGACUUUACUUUCUCCCUACUUUUCUACAUCUUCAUUAUGAUUUUUGCUCAUGGUAUCCCUCGUACAUACAAAAUUUAUUAAUCACCCAGCACAGCUGCCAAAUUGUAUUUUCCUUUCCUGUCCGCACCCUGUACUUGUGAUAUUAGAUGAAAUGUAGGGACAACGACAAUGGAGUAAACUUUCUCAUCUCCUUGAUUCAUCAACAUUUAGGAAGUUAGUGCUUUUAUUUUUUGAAACAAAGAUAAAAGAGUUUUUGUAAGGGCAUCCGGUUAUAUCCAUAGUGGAGUCCAGGAGCCACAUGUUUAAGGCACGUGAGGUUAUAGAUGAGUCACUGAAGCCCUCUUAGCACUCCUAGAAAUUCCUCUAAAACAGUUGUGGGGAUUGGCUGAAUUAUUGAGGGCUGAAUUUUAAUCAAGACAAGGACAUCCUCCAUGCCACCCAAUGAUAGAGGCAAGGAUUUGGCCAUAGACUUUCUUCUCGGGAACAGAACUGAGGGACAAAACUAAGUAACAUUUCUUCAUGAGACUGUCCUGCACUGUAGUCCUUUCAGCAACUGUUCUUCCCGUUUUCCCAGAACUACCCAUUUCCCAAAUUUUUUUAUUUGCAGGUUAGAACACUUCUUUUCAGGUGGGUUUUUUGUUUGUUUGUCUUUACAGAUUUAUUUAUUUGAGAGUUACGGACAGAGAAAGGGAGAGACAGAGAGGUCUUCCAUCCUCUGGUUCUGACUCACUCCCCAAAUGGCUGCGAUGGCCAGAACUGGGCCAAUCCAAAGCCAGGAGCCAGGAGCUUCUUCCAGGUCUCCCACGUGGAUGCAGGGGCUUAAGCACUUGGACCACCUUCCACUGCUUUCCAAGGCCACAACAGAGAGCUAGAUUGGAAGAGGAGCAGCCAGCACAGGAACUGGUGCCCAUAUGGGAUGCUGGCACUGCAGGCAAAGGCUUAACCUAUUAUGCCACAGUGCUGGCCCCCAGGUGGGGCAUUUUAGUCCAAUACAAAAUGAGAACCCUAACCAAGCCCCUAAAAUGCUGUCAGUCCAGAUCUGACACUCUGAGAUUUACAGCCUCUUCUAAAGAAUCAUCUAUCAAACCUUCAGGAAAUUGUAACACAGAGCUCCCGGGGGCCAGUCACUGAUCAUUUUUUUUUUUCAAUAAUUUAUUAAGAAUAAAUCACUUCUGAUAGCCACUGAUAAUUUGAAUUUCCUAAUUUUUUAGUUCCCAUGUAAAAUACCUGGCAAUUUCUCUCCUAAUUCAGGACAAAGAUCAGUAAAUGGCAGGGAAGAUAAUUUGCUAGAACCACAGAGAGCAUGCAAUCAUGAAUCUCAAUAGUAGGAUGAGCAAUACAAAUGGGUUUUAUCUCAUUUGUUUUAUAUUUGCUUCCUGACAUAAUCCUAUGGUCCAUUUUCUCACCUACUCUGUUUCAUUCAUAUAAAUUAAGAAUAAUGAGGCUCCUGGCUUCGGAUCAGCACGAUGCGCCAGCCGCAGCGGCCAUUGGAGGGUGAACCAAUGGCAAAAAGGAAGACCUUUCUCUCUGUCUCUCUCCCUAUCCACUCUGCCUGUCAAAAAAAAAAAAAAAGAAUAAUGAUAGGUGUGGUGAAGUAUAUAGGAUCUGGAACUGACAGAAAGGCAAGAAACAAUAAUGAUAGACUAUUAUUAUCAUCCUCUAAUCAUUGCCUUAUCUAGAAACAAACACCCAGAGCUAGAUUACGUUGCUCCCAGGAAAUUCACAACUAAUGAAUGUGAGGUAACUAAUGUAAAAGCUAUUCCUUCAGUCUGCUCACUGCUUUUAUACUUCAAGGUCUGACCAGUCUCAGACUCAGCAAGAUCAAUUGUUCUGAACUUUUCAAUUCAAAUGUGUAGGGUAUCUUAGGUAUCUGUUGCUAUAACAAAAUCCCUGAGACCAGGUGAUUUACAAAGAAAUGGAAGUUUAUUUGUUUCAUCAUUCUGGAGGUUUGAACGUUCAAGAGUGUGGCCCUGACAAGGGCCUUCUUGUUGUAUCAUAACCUUGAGCAGGGUAUGACAGGGUGAGACCUUGCAAGUGCUUUGCUGGAGUCUUCCUCUUACAAAGCCACCCUCCUGAUGCUAAUACCAUUAACAUAUGAAUUAGGGGAUUAACUUUCCAACAUAUGAACUUUAGGGGAGACAGGUGAUCCAUAAUAUAUGAUGAAGAAUAAAUAAUAUUUUAUUCUUUGUCUAAUGUGUGA